AUGCCAAUGCCAAUUGGACCAGGCGCUAUCGCUGCAGUCGCUUGCUUCGGCAUCGAGAGCUACUUCCGGUCGUCAUGGCUAACCCAAUUCAUCGGCAGACUCUGGCAUAUAAAACCUAGGAAAGCAGCGACGCGCAGACAAACGUUGCGCACAUCACGUCCAGUUAACAACAAGAUGCAGGCCCAAAACAAUCUCAUCACUCUAUUAGCCUUUGUGGGAUAUAUCCUGACCCUGGCCAGCGCCCAGUACUUCUAUGCUUAUCCUGGAAAUCACCCACAACAGCAGCAGCAGCAGCACUGGAGUAGCCCCGGUUCAAAUCUCAUAACCAGAGACGAGUUGCUCGCACUGCUUGCUGCCUGGAAGGCUGAGGCCAAGCCAGAGCCGGAGCCAGCUAAGCCAACGCCAGCACCGGAACCCGAACCUGAACCGGAGCCAGAGCCUGAAAUGCCGGCCGAGGAGGAGGAACCGGAGGAGGAGCCGGAGCCAGCGGCACCAGCUGGUCCACCGCCUAGUGUGCCACUGACCGUCUCGCUGCCCGCUUUUGUGCCUAUACAAUUGUCCGCCAUGUACACGGCGCCGGCUCCAUUACCUGCCGCAGCAGUUGGUGGUGGUGACAUCAGUGGUGGGGCCGUGGCUAUAGGUGGUGCACACCCGGGCGCUGCUGCCCCCGCCGAGGAGGGGCACGAUCCACAUUCACGUUAUUCGGGACCAGCUGCGCGACUGGGAAAAAAUCCACGAGCUCGCCUAGCCCCCUCUAGGGCCCGCAACGGAGGCGCGUCCAGAAACGCAGCCAUACGUUUCCCCAUUUCGAAUCCGCGCAGCUUCGCCUCUGCGAACUAUGUGGCAUCCAAGCCACGUUUCUAUCGCACGCCGGCCGCUGACGAGUUCCCCCCUAUGCGCACUAUCGAAGCUGUGCCAUCGCGUCCAUUUCUGGCCAAUGCGCCCGGCCCACUGCAUUUGGUGCCAACCACCCAGCUACUUAACAAUUGGCACUAGCUUGGUCCCCCAUUUGUGUCUGG